AUUCGCAUUUGGUGCUUCAGUCAGUGAUAUUUCGACAUCAAACACAAGAAGUUCGCAAUUAUGAAACUAGCGGCAAAUUUGAAUUUCCUAUUUACUGAAGGCAAUAAGAGUAUUGCCGAAAAGAUCCGCUUAGCACACAAAGCUGGAUUUCGCGCGGUGGAAAUACCGUUUCCCAACGCCGAACAGGACGACGUCCUACAAGCAAAACUGGACACUGGCAUACAAAUAUGUCUCAUCAACAUAGCGCUUGGCGACUCUAAGUUUGGCUCAGCCAGUGUGCCCGGUGCGGGGGAAAAUUUCAAGUCUCACUUGGAGGAAACCAUCAAUUUUGCUAAGAAAGUGAGUUGUAAGAAAAUACACAUAAUGGCUGGUCUUAUUGAGGCAGAUGAAAAAGAACACUUGACCACCUACAAAAGCAAUUUAAAAUAUGCCGCACCUAUUUUGGCAGCAGCAGGCAUUGUGGGCGUGAUUGAACCAAUUAAUAAAUAUUCGCUGCCAAAUUAUUUUAUGAACUCAUUUCAAAUAGCGUACAACGUUAUAAGUGAAGUGAAUAGCAAACAGAUACGUUUAAUGAUCGAUAUUUUUCACUUGCAACAUAUUAUGGGUAAUGUCACAAAUGCUUUUGCGGACUUCAAGGACAUUAUCGGGCAUAUACAAAUUGCACAGGCUCCGCAUCGCCAUGAGCCUGAUGUUGCUGGAGAACUGGAUUUUUCCUAUAUCUUUGCGGUAAUAAAAUCCUCGGGCUACAGUGACUGGAUUGGCUGCGAGUAUAAGCCAAAAACAAAUACGCUAGAGGGUUUAAAGUGGUUAGAGAAAUAUCAAGUUCAAUUGUAGAGCAAUUACUAAUAAUAAAUGAGAAAAGGAAUAUUUUGUAGAUUUUAUUAAAAGAUAAAAAAAAAAAUAAACUUAAUCAAAAAUA